AUGAAUACCACCGUCCCAGCUUGGUCUAGCUCCAAAGAGCCUGGCCGAGACAACCCCCUCUGUCUCUCACCAUCAGAGCCACAGAGGGGCCGCAAACGGGUUCGGAGCCACCUACCAGUGAUGAGGCCACUACACCACGAACCCUCUUGCGAGUCUACUCUAAGGGGACGUCGCCGAAACAGAUCAAACUCACCCGUCGGCCCUGUUUCUCGCAACAGUUCAAUCGCGGCACGGGACCGGCGGCAAUCCCCAUUGAAACAGCGUCAUGUGAGCAUUAUCCAGCAGCAGCACAACACGCGCAGAAGUCAGUGUCCUUCGCGCUCUCGAUCGGCCAACGCACCACCUGGCAGCACUGGAGCCCAACGCCGCAGGCAACGCACCCGCAGCAGGAGUCGGGUUCAUCGAUUGGAGGGAAUGUUUAGCACGCUGGAGAUGAAUUCACCGCUGCAGUUUGAGGUCUUGAUAAAUGAGCCUUCUCUGGAGUCGGUGACCGUGGAGAGUAGGCAGCCAGAGGACUGA